GCUCGAAAAAUAAAAAAAAAUCGUGAAAGUGACACGCUCUCUGACAGGGGUCCAUUUUACAUAGUGGAUGGAAUAGCAAUUUUGUGUUAUUGUAUUAUUAUCCAAUUUAAUCGUGGACAAAAGUUCUCCAUUCAAAGUGCAACAUACAGAACACAUUGCAGCCCAUUCGGAACAUCCUCUGUUGUGCGAGAAAGGUUCCGAUACCGACCGCCGCCGAGCGUCCAUCCCCCGCAGCAGCGAAAGCGAACACGAAGCAACGACAGCAAAAAUUGCUCUCCGACCGAGCAGGCGACGACUUCCGCGGAAGACACCCCCAGUGCAGAAUCAACCAUUUAUGGAUCUACCGAGGAAUUUGCAUGACUGCUACUUCUUCUACUACUCGACAUGUAAGAAGGGAACAAACUGCGAGUACCGCCACGAACCGGCGGCGCUCGGCCACGAGGAAACCUGCAAGCUGUGGCAGGAGGGCAAGUGCUACAAUCGCACCUGCACGAUGCGUCACAUGAAGAUCGAGAAGCCCCGUUCGGCGACGCCGUGCUUCUGGGAGGACCAACCGGGCGGCUGCCGCAAGCCGCACUGUGUGUUCCAGCACAAGGCACCGAAACCACAGCAGCAAGCUCCCACCACCGCGGCGGCGGCGUUACCCCAUCCGGCCACUACGAGCCACAGCAUGAUGUCCCAGGUGGCGGCGGCCCAGGCCCAGGCGGGAGCUCCAACGGCGGCCUCGGCCACCCCCGGCACAACGCCCCACAUGAUGCACACAACGUCCCCGGCGGUCGUUCUGGACUACAACUACGCUACCCUACUGCCCCGCAUCAUCUAAAAGGACACAUUUCUAAGGAGCUUUGUUGGAACCCCGUUUUCGAUUGAUUUGCUACCCCCAGCUCCCCGAUUUUGGCCUUUGGAAAUCCCCCCCGGAAAGAGAGAAAAAUGUAAGUUAAUUUCGCAAAAUUACGCAACGAAAUGGGCGGGAACCGGAACACCACCGCUUCAACAAAUGCAACCCAUACAAACCCUGGUAGAGUGUGCAAUAGACAGAGAGGGAGGAUUCGCGUAAAAAAAGAAGCAUUUGUUGUGCAAGUCUAGGGAUAGACUACUAGAUGACGAUGAAUUAGGAAACGAAACGAAGCAACCGGUGACCGGAGCAUUCAAGAAAUCACGUUUGCAUCUAUUACGAUUAUUAUUAGUAGGCGGCGUCGAACCAGUAGGCCGGUUCUGGGUGGCACUUUUCCUUUGAAAUCCUGCAAAAUUGCCCUAUUAUUCGAUUAUUUAUUCACAAAAUUUAGAAAAACUUCAAUUUUUCACUACAUUUUUUACUCAGCCGCCUUUGGCUUGGCGCCGGCCGCAUUCAGUUUAGUUGUUUAGCUAUUAAUUGUUUUCGCGAAGAAGAAGUGAUUAUAAAUCAAUAAUGGAACUAUCUUAUAUAUCACGUAAUCUUGUUAUGAAGCCCUAAUGCAUUAUUAUCCUUAUUUAUAUAAACAAAAACCUUUAAUUAAACGUAGAAUUUUGGUAGGGAAAAGCGAGGAUUUGGUUUUUUUUCUGAGUUAACGCACGUCUUAAAUCGUAUUUUUAUUCAAACAAAAAAAAACUUAUAUAGCCCUAGUGUAGAGAAAUUGCUAUAAAUCUAGUAAAAAUAAUCGUCAUCAAAGCUCUUAUAAGGCUAACACGCGGUCUCCCGUUGGAUCCCGUCUGGGGAUCAAUUCGUUGGAUUCGGAGACAUGCAUUCGUUUUACAUUUCUGAAAAGAGCCAAUUAUUUCGCGCGCAUUUUAUGUCGUUUUUUGUGCUGUUUCCUGUUUGUAGAUGAGCGACCAUAAUUCGCGUUUUGUGGAAGUUCUCGUAACAUGUACUGAAUAAUUACCGGUCGGUUCGAAACAUAUCUCGGAGGAUGCACUAGAGUUUCUGUAGAGCGUUGUUGACUUUGAACCAAGGGGAAUGACAUAUCCUUUUCUAACCGGAAUAUCCGCAUUUAUCCGUUUCUAACCGUCGCUAACCGUUGCUAAGCAAGCUGCUAAGUGAGCAGCAGUUAGACGCGGUUAACUGCCGUGAAUCGCAUAUCAGUCCCAUCUUUGCUGGAUUUCCUAUGCAAAUGGGACAGAUAUGCGAUUCACGGCAGUUAACGACGGUUAGAAACGGAUAGAUGCGGAUAUUCCGGUUAGAAAAGGAUAUGCCAUUCCCCUUGCUUUGAACACUGAAUAAAUGGUUAUACACAGUGAUCAUCAAAAUGCGAGCCUGAAGCAGAUUUUGUGCGGGCCGUGAACUGAUUUUGAAAUGAAUUAGAUUUACUACAUUUUAAUACUCGUCUCAGAAUGAACAUGAACUACUAACGUUUCAUGGAGAUUUUUUGAACAGAAGUAACUACAAUACUUACUUUGUUAUACUUGGGUUUUAGAUCUCAAGUUUCACACCACAGUUUCGCAGGCAUUGCUCAAAGGCUGCACAAGCUUUCUUGAUUCCGAACUUUAUGUAAAGUGUACAGGAAAGUAUAGAAUCGAGAAUAACUCCAACGUUCUUGUCCUGUUCAGCAACGUCGAACAGACGCAAAAGUUGGUUCCGCCUUUUCGUGAAAUGAACAAUAUGUAGAUGUUUUACUCGGAUUUACCAUAUUGACGACACCAGUCCUCAACUACCUGAAAAGCGUUUUGCAAUAGGUCGAAAAAGGUGCUGAUGCACAUGCCAACUAAAAAUGUCAGGUAGUUGUCUACAAAACCAUAACUAGGAAAAUCGCUAGUAUUGAGUUGUCUCAAUAGCGUAUCUGCUACGAGAUUCCCCAAAAGUGGUGGGAAGACUCCCCCUUGGAGCCAUCCACAAACACACUAGAUAUCUAAGAAAACACUCAAGCAAGAUUGCUUUUGUGUGAAUACUUUCUCCAUAAAACAACUUUGUGUAAAAGCGUCACAACGGACUUUCCAGAUUGGUAAGCGUGUUGGGUCACAUUAAGAGGCACGUUAGCCAGAAAAACAUCAUGAGUUUGAUGAUCGACAAUGCAUUCUAAGCAUGCCAGAAGAAAAGAGGUCAACCUGAUCGAUCUGGUCUUUGUAAAACGCACGACCCACUUUCGGGAUAAACUUUACAUUAAUGACCCACCAGGACUUCAAUUUUUUGAGGUUUGUGCUAACGUAAGAACCUCGACAACACACGAGACAGGACACAACACUUAUAGUUCUUACAAAAAAAUAAAAGGGUCACCGUCCUGUCGAUGGGCAACGUCGAGUCCGAAACCGGUCGACUUAAAUGGUAAUUUAAAACCUUUCAAUGUUUUUAUAAGAAUUAUGCUCAUGAUCGCAUAAUUCUCCCAUAUGAAUAGGAAACCCAGCAAAUAUGGGACUGAUAUGCGAUCAUGGGCAGUAUAAGUGUUGUGUCCUGUCUAGUGCUGCGUUCUUUGCGUGUUGUGACCCACCAGGAGUUGGGAAAAACCCUACGCGAGUUUGUCAUUUCAUUUUACUGAAAGUAGCAAACACCAGGAUUUCAAGAUUACCUAGACAGCCAAUCCCUUUUUGAAAUAAGGUUUCUUGGAAUAAACCCGCCUGGGCUGUUUCAUUUUUCAAGUCUGCUGAUAUUGAUCGUUGGUAUUCUUUUACGCUAGAGAUUGAUCUGAGCUAUCCUAACCGUAGCCACUACCCAAACUAGGCAAGAUCAGACUCUUGACAAUCACUGCACAAAAAAUAACCGCAGCGAUAAAACCAAAUCAAUAUCGAUUGCAGAACGCCACAGGCGAAAUACACAUAGCAUACUGUGUAAAACGCCUAAUUCGAAACCAUAUCAGUAACAAAUUUUGAAAACGACGUAUAAUCAAUGGUGUAGCAUUGAUUAUACGUCGUUUUCAAAAUUUGUUACUGAUAUAGGGUUUAAUACAGGUCGACACUAGAGAAACGUUUCCUGAAAAUUCCUGUGUUGAUUUGCGAUUCACGCGAUUCACAGAAUAAUCAUCCAGUAACCCUGUACUGUCAACUAACAAUGGCUAGGAAAUGCAUACUCCGUGAUAAUUCGUAUCGAUCGGUUCAACAUGGUUCAAUUCAAAACUAGUAAUCUAUUCUACUCACUUUGGUGAUGUUCCUCAAAUGAAGUAUGAACACUUAAAAAUAGAUAAAAAAAAAAAACAGCAAUAAAAUACGAACCAUUUACAUCCUUUCAUUCACGAACAAUGAUUUUCCCAUUCAUCUCACAGCAUGAUAGUUUGCGAAACUUGUCUGCUUCUUCUAUAAACUUUCUUCAAACAAAAACUAACCUAGUGGAAAAUCUGCUUCGAUAUAGCAACAACCACUUAGCACCCAACAUGACUAAAUUAUUCCGACAGUAAAUAAAGAAGCAUACACCCGUAACCCCCUCUCCCAUUGUUGUCUGUUCUCGAAAAUAGAAUUGAGUGAAAUUUUCCAACUAAUAAGCGUUUUACGUUAGAAAUCAAUCAUAUGAACAGAAAAAAAAUGAUUAAAGCUCGAAGCUUUUACCUAUUCUUGUAUAGGAAGUUUAGAAUUCAGUAUGAACACACCCACACACUUAUACAUGCAUUAUGAAAAACCACACCAACACAGUUACACAUUAACAGACACUUACAUAUACUAACAUGUAACAAUUAUAUUGAAAAAAAAUAGUCGAAAAAAAAAUGUAUAAUAUUUCUUGAACAGUUGCACGACACAGAUCAGAAUAAUAAAAAAGAAUAAAAAGCCCAAUAAUCGUGAAAUAUGUUAGCUAAAAUUAAUAAAUGAAAAAUAAACCAAUCCCAAAAAAAAAUAUUAAAUAUAAAAUUGAUAUACAGACACGUCAAAACAAUUAGAGAAUUUGCUGAACAAAAUUGAGUAAUGUGUUAGAGUAAAACUACCACAAGAAUAUACCGCAACUAUAACGGCAAAAAGCAGAAACAUAAUAAUGAAACUAGUUUGGAAGUGUAAGUCUAAAAUUAUCAAUAAAGCAACAACAAAACAACA